UCUCUCUCUCCCCGUCUUUCUCCAUUUCUCUCUGUAACAAUGUCGGGUCACUCAUCAGUUACUUUGCAGAAUUCUUAAUUCAAAGCCCCAGAACAAGCGAACUACUAGUUGAUAUUGGAAUCUGUUGUGCAUUGAAACCAGAAAUCGCGAGGGAAAAUAAAUAGGAGAAAUAGAUGAUCGGUACGCGAGGUAAUUAUAUUAAUCUGACCGAAACGGUCCUGGAGUUUAUGGUGCCGUCAUGGUGGGAGGUCCAGGUAACGAUGGCUGCGUCUGUAUUCGUGAUCGUUGCCUAUUGGUUCUUUACGUAUCGUGGCGGAGGUGUUGAUGGCGGUUUUGACCGAUCGCAGCUCGUGGAAAAUUCCAACUCCGGAGAUAUUUAUGAUAGAGACAAGAUGAGCCUGUUGAAAGGAUAUCCUCCAUUGAACUCUGCAUAUAUAAUCAAGGUUGAAUUGUUGGCUGCUAAGAAUCUUAUCGGUGCAAAUCUAAAUGGGACAUCGGAUCCUUAUGCUAUUAUUACUUGUGCUUCAGAGAAGAGAUUCAGUUCGAUGGUUCCUGGUUCAAGAAAUCCUAUGUGGGGAGAGGAGUUCAAUUUUUCUGUAGAUGAGCUUCCUGUUCAGAUUAAUGUGACAAUUUAUGAUUGGGAUAUAAUUUGGAAAAGUGCUGUUCUUGGUUCUGUAACUGUUCCUAUUGAAAAUGAAGGUCAAACUGGUGCAGUAUGGUAUACUUUGGAUAGCACUCUUUCUCACGUUUGUCUCCACCUUAAAACGAUAAAGCUUCCUGAGAAUUCUUCUAGGGUUAUGAAUGGCUAUGCUGGAGCUAAUGCUAGAAGAAGGGUUUCUUUGGAUAAGCAGGGGCCAACUGUGGUUCAUCAAAAGCCAGGGCCUUUGCAAACAAUAUUUAAUCUCCUUCCAGAUGAGGUUGUUGAACAUAGCUAUUCAUGUGCGCUUGAAAGAUCAUUCUUAUAUCAUGGCCGUAUGUAUGUCUCAACAUGGCACAUAUGCUUCCACUCGAAUGUUUUCUCUAAGCAAAUGAAGGUUGUUAUUCCAUUUGGAGAUAUAGAUGAGAUACGUAGGAGUCAACAUGCAUUCAUCAAUCCUGCCAUAACAAUCAUUCUUCGGAUGGGUGCUGGUGGGCAUGGUGUACCUCCACUUGGAAGUCCAGAUGGUAGAGUCAGGUAUAAAUUUGCAUCAUUUUGGAACAGGAAUCAUGCACUAAGAGCUUUGCAACGGACAGCAAAGACCUACCGUGCAUUAUUAGAAGCUGAGAAGAAGGAGAGAGCAGAAUCAGCAUUGCGUGCACAUAGCAGCUCUACAAGAGGUAGUGAAAAACAAGCCAAGAUUCCUGAAGAUGGUGCGUCCAAAACUGAAAGACUUCAACCUUUCAUCAAAGAGGAGGUUCUUACUGUUAUCUAUAAUGAUGUUUUUCCAUGCACUGCUGAGCAGUUCUUUAAUAUAUUGCUGAAGGAUGGUUCUAGUUUUACAAAUGAAUAUCGAUUGGCACGGAAGGAUAGUAACCUAAUUAUGGGACAAUGGCAUGCUGCAGAUGAAUAUGAUGGUCAAGUAAGAGAGAUAAAAUUCCGAUCACUUUGCAACAGUCCUAUGUGUCCUCCAGACACAGCAAUGACUGAAUGGCAGCAUUCUGUUCUAUCAGUAGAUAAGAAAAAACUUGUUUUUGAGACCGUGCAACAAGCGCAUGAUGUUCCAUUUGGGUCAUACUUUGAGAUUCACUGUCGUUGGUGCUUGGAAACGAAAACUGAAAGCUCAUCUACUAUAGAUAUCAAAGUGGGUGCACAUUUUAAGAAAUGGUGUGUGAUGCAGUCCAAAAUAAAGGCAGGAGCUAUCAACGAGUACAAGAAAGAGGUGGAUGUAAUGUUAGAAACAGCACGUUCAUACAUCAAGUCACAUUUUUCUGUUGACGAGACCAACAAACCCUCCUCCUCCUCCUCCUCCUCUGUAACCCAAGAGGUAACUAGCUAAAUACUUUACAGGCUGCCGGUCAUGACAUGGUUUCUUCAAUGUUGUGAUGUUACUUGUAUCAUUCCAUGUGCUUAAUUUUCUCUACUUUGAUGACAUUUAUUUAUACGGAGAGCCUCUUUAAGGUUUAAUAGUGAACGGCAAUAGGCGCUUAAUGUGAAAACCGCACCCUGUCUCGUUAGAAGAGAAGUAGUGGUGUGUGUUGGUUCUUGUAAUUCUUUUCUGUAAUGGAAAAUCUCAGCAUAUAUUCGGAACACUGCGUAAUCAAAACCUUCUAUAGAGAAACGAUCUUGUUUAAUGUCGGUUUUCAUGUAAAUAAAAGGACGAGCUCAUUUUCUUUA